AUGUUCGUUUCAAAUUCAGCACCACAAAGUAUACAGCGAGUAUUUGAUAAUUCCAUAUCCUCAUCCAAUGAAAAAUAUAUUCAAUUUCUUGAGAAUAAAAUUUUAAAUGUUCAACAAAAAUUAGAAGAUCUAUACGAAAAGGAUAUAUCCGAUGAGGAGCAAUUAAUUGAAGAAAUCGAUAAGUUACAGUCAAUGGAGAGUAAAUAUGUGAAUUUAUUGAGGAAAAAGCAGAUGGAAAUUAAAAUGGACAUAGCUAGAUCACAUGCCAUGUCAGUACAAUUUAAUAACAUGAAUAAUAUAUCCUUUAAUCAACCUCAUCAACAAAAUCUGGUAUCUACAACCGCUGAACCUCAUUACGAAGAACACCCUGAUACUGAUAAUAAUAAUGAACAAGCAGACGAAUCUACCCCAAAUAGAUAUCAACGUUUAUUAGGCUCCGAACCAUUUUAUAUGAACAAUAAAAUUGGAAUGGAAGAUACACAUAUUCAAACUGAGAAUGAUGAGCAACCGCCAGCGACAAAUCAAACUCCUAUAGUUUUACAAAGGGACCCAGUUGAUACAGCUGAUCAACCUUCCAAUAAAAACUCUGCAAGAGAGAUUGUUAAAAAUGGAAUUGAAUCAAAAAUAAAGAUGAUGAUGGAAGCAAGAGCUCAAAAAGAAACAUCAGAUGCGGGAAUAGUCAGGAUAGAAGCUGAGAAGGAAGCUAAGAUAGACGCUGAAAAGAAGGCUAAAAGAGAGGCAGAAGCUAAAGCUAGAAGGGAAGCAGAAUCCAAAGCUGCUGCUGUUGCUGCAGAAAAAGCUAGAAAAGAGGCAGAAGCUAAGGUAACUAUUGAAAGGGCUAAAAAGGAAGACGCAAACUAA